AUGCGCCGGGCCCGCAGCUGUGCCGCCGGCUGGCUCCCUGCUCUGCGCAUGCGCCCGGCCCGCAGCUGUGCCGCCGGCUGGCUCCCUGCUCUGCGCAUGCGUCCGACCCGCAGUAUCGGGUCCCGCCCUCUGCGCCAGUCACGGGGUCCCGCCCUCUGCGCCCAGUAUCGGGGUCCCGGCCUCUGCGCCCAGUAUCGGGGUCCCGCCCUCUGCGCCCAGUCACGGGGUCCCGCCCUCUGCGCCAGUAUCGGGGUCCCGGCCUCUGCGCCCAGUAUCGGGGUCCCGCCCUCUGCGCCCAGUCACGGGGUCCCGGCCUCUGCGCCAGUAUCGGGGUCCCGGCCUCUGCGCCCAGUAUCGGGGUCCCGCCCUCUGCGCCCAGUAUCGGGGUCCCGGCCUCUGCGCCCAGUAUCGGGGUCCCGCCCUCUGCGCCCAGUCACGGGGUCCCGCCCUCUGCGCCAGUAUCGGGGUCCCGCCCUCUGCGCCCAGUCACGGGGUCCCGCCCUCUGCGCCCAGUAUCGAGGUCCCGCCCUCUGCACCCAGUAUCGGGGUCCCGCCCUCUGCGCCCAGUAUCGGGGUCCCGCCCUCUGCGCCCAGUAUCGGGGUCCCGCCCUCUGCGCCAGUAUGGGGUCCCGCCCUCUGCGCCAGUCACGGGGUCCCGCCCUCUGCGCCCAGUAUCGGGGUCCCGCCCUCUGCGCCCGCCCAGUAUCGGGGUCCCGCCCUCUGCGCCCAGUAUCGGGGUCCCGCCCUCUGCGCCAGUCACGGGGUCCCGCCCUCUGCGCCAGUAUCGGGGUCCCGCCCUCUGCGCCCAGUCACGGGGUCCCGCCCUCUGCGCCCAGUAUCGGGGUCCCGCCCUCUGCGCCAGUCACGGGGUCCCGCCCUCUGCGCCCAGUAUCGGGGUCCCGCCCUCUGCGCCCGCCCAGUAUCGGGGUCCCGCCCUCUGCGCCCAGUAUCGGGGUCCCGCCCUCUGCGCCCGCCCAGUAUCGGGGUCCCGCCCUCUGCGCCCAGUCACGGGGUCCCGCCCUCUGCGCCCAGUAUCGGGGGUCCCGCCCUCUGCGCCAGUAUCGGGGUCCCGCCCUCUGCGCCAGUCACGGGGUCCCGCCCUCUGCGCCCAGUAUCGGGGUCCCGCCCUCUGCGCCAGUCACGGGGUCCCGCCCUCUGCGCCCAGUAUCGGGGGUCCCGCCCUCUGCGCCAGUCACGGGGUCCCGCCCUCUGCGCCCAGUCACGGGGUCCCGCCCUCUGCACCCAGUAUCGGGGUCCCGCCCUCUGCGCCAGUAUCGGGGUCCCGCCCUCUGCGCCAGUAUCGGGGGUCCCGCCCUCUGCGCCCAGUAUCGGGGUCCCGCCCUCUGCGCCAGUAUCGGGGUCCCGCCCUCUGCGCCCAGUAUCGGGGUCCCGCCCUCUGCGCCAGUAUCGGGGUCUCUCCUUCUGCGCCCAGUCACGGGGUCCCGCCCUCUGCGCCAGUAUCGGGGUCCCGCCCUCUGCGCCCAGUAA